CCGGAACUAUUAUCCGCACUACUGUGUUCCACCGUAGGAAAUAAAAUAUUGUUACACCCACAGAAGACAACUUUUAAAAAAUGUACCGAAGAUAAUCAAUUCUGGUUAAACUAUUGUCCUCUAGUACAGGCUGUCACUCGGAGAGCAAUGGGGGUACACGGGCUGUGGAAGUUGCUUGAGACCACCGGGAAGCCCAUCAACCCCGAGACGCUCGAGGGCAAGAUCCUGGCUGUCGACAUCAGUAUCUGGUUGAACCAGGCAGUGAAGGGUGUGAGAGACAGGGAGGGUAACAGUGUUCAGAACGCCCACCUCCUCACCCUGUUCCAUCGUCUCUGUAAAUUGCUCUUUUUCCGCAUCAGACCUGUCUUCGUGUUCGAUGGAGACGCUCCUCUGAUCAAGAAACAGACCCUGGCCAUCAGAAGACAGAGAAAGGAGGAGAAGACUAUGGAGUCCAAACAGACCAAUGACAAACUCCUCAAGACCUUCCUGAAGAGACAAGCCAUCAAAGCUGCUCUGGGAGAGAGGAGUCAGGAUCAUCUGCCCAGCCUGUCUGCUGUGAGGAGAGAGGAGGACAUGUUCAUGCUGCCUGCCCUGCCAGCCCAGGAGGAGGAGAGAGAGAGGAGCAGCUCAGAGGAGGAGGAGCAGGAGGAGGAGGACAGCCGUCACAUCUACCAGGGGGAUUUCUAUGAAGACUCUAACUCUGUGGACAUCAACUCUGAGGAGUUUUCUGCCAUGCCUCCUGAGGUGAAACAUGAGAUCCUUAAAGACAUGAAGGAAUUCAGCAAGAGACGACGCACCAUGUACCACACACCUCCUGAGCGGUCAGGGGACUUCUCCCAGUACCAGCUAGCAGGGCUGCUGCAGAGGAACAAGCUGAACGUGCGUCUGGAGGGGGUGGAGAGAGAGAUGUCCAACCGUAGUGCUGGGAACGCCCCGGGGGUGGAGCUAUACAAUCAGGGGGAGGGGCACAGUGUGGAGACACGACGCCUCCUCUCAGAAGACUCCACCCACUACAUCCUCAUCAAAGGUCCGAAGAAGACCGACAACAGUGAGAGGGUGCCAGACAUCCAGCCUGCGGCCUCUCCCUGGUUGGGUGGUCCCCUGUCAGGGAUGGUUAGGACGGGGGGAGGGGAGAGACCUGAGCCCCUUUGGAGACCCAUCUCAGAGGAGGAGAGCCUGGAGGAGGGCCCCUCAUCAUCGUCUAAACAUCCCCAGGACCCGAACCCGAUCCUGGGGGAUACAGCACCCAUCUCCCCCCGGACACUGAAGGCCAUCCAGGCUGCCAUGGAUAGCAGCUUCUCAGACGAGGAGGAGGAGGAUAGCUCCUGGGGUAGGGGAGGGAGUAGGGCUGAGGAGGAGGAGGAGGAGGGGGGUGGCAGUGUGUCUCCUCGUACCCUCCUGGCCAUUCAGCGAGCCACGGGAGAAGAGUUGGACGUAGGCCUGUCCCCAUACGCCACCAUGAUUGGCAGUUCUCCUGUUAAGCCCCACCCUCCCAGUCCUCUGCGUCCUGCGAACCGACUGUUCGUCAUCAGCAGCUCAGAGGAGGAGACUGAAGGGAAGGACACUCCCCUGAGGACAACUCUGACCAAUGAGGACAUGCUUGGGGUGGAGAAGGGGGAUGAGCAACAGUCGCCCCUCCCCCUUCGCCUCCCCAUUCCUCCUGCGGACAGGGUGCUCCUCAGCAUGGAGGAGGAAACCGUCACCAGGAGGAGCAGCGAGGAGGAGAUUCUGAGGAGGAACAGAGAGGAGUUAGAGCAAGCCAUCGACAACAGGAACAGAGCUUUCCGCUCUGCAGUGGGUCAGGGGGACAGUUUGGGUCAGGCUCUCUGUGUUAUUCCCCCAUCAGGCCUUGGUCUAAACAGAGAGGAGGAGACUGGGAGGAGCAGCCUAGUGACUGGGCCUUUACCUCCAUCGCAGGAGGAGAGGAAUGGACAGAACACCGGGGAGGAGAGGAAUGGACAGAACACCGGGGAGGAGAGGAAUGGACAGAACACCGGGGAGGAGAGGAAUGGACAAAACACCGGGGAGGAGAGGAAUGGACAGAACACCGGGGAGGAGAGGAAUGGACAAAACACCGGGGAGGAGAGGAAUGGACAGAACACCGGGGAGGAGAGGAAUGGACAAAACACCGGGGAGGAGAGGAAUGGACAGAUUCUGAAGAUGGAGGACGGCAAGGAGCACAGUGAGGACAGUGAUUCAGAGAGCUUCGUUGACGUGUCUGAGGGGGAGGAGCUAAAGGAGGAGGAGACAGAUGAUUCGCUGAUAGAGGUUGUGGGCGGUACUCCAGCUAAGGCACAAGAAGACGUGGCCAAGAAGGAGGAAGAGGAAGAGGCUUUAAGUAGCAGAGCUAUCCCUUUGGAAGAGAGGGAGGAGGAGGAGCCCCAGCCUCCCACAGAGCCCAGCCCAGCUCCUCCUGCCCCAGCGUCUUUUCCUCUACUCAACGAGUGGGAAGACAUCAACGUGGAUGAGCUGGUGGCGCUAGAGAGCAGUCUUGGAGAGCAGCAGUCCAGGCUGAGGGAACAGAAGCAGCAACAGGAACGCAUUGCUGCCACGGUUACCGGACAGAUGUGUCUGGAGAGCCAGGAGCUGCUGAGGUUGUUUGGUGUACCCUUCCUGGUGGCUCCCGGUGAGGCCGAGGCCCAGUGUGCAGCCCUGGACCGGACCGACCAGACCCACGGAACAAUCACCGAUGACAGCGACGUAUGGCUGUUCGGAGGACGACACGUCUACAAGAACUUCUUCAGCCAGAACAAAUACCUAGAAUACUACCAGUACGUAGACCUACAGAACCAACUGGGCGUGGACCGUACCAAGCUGAUUAACCUGGCCUACCUGCUGGGUAGUGACUAUACGGAGGGAGUCCCGGGGGUGGGCUAUGUGACGGGCAUGGAGAUACUCAACGAGUUCCCUGGACCUGGCACGGAACCAGUCAGCAUGUUCAGUGAGUGGUGGUCCUUGGCCCAGCAGCAGCAACGUCUGACCUCUGACCCCCGUGACUCCAAGGUCAAGAGGAAACUGAGAGGGCUUCAGCUGCGGCCGGGCUUCCCCAACCCUGCUGUGGCGACUGCCUACCUGCAGCCCAGCGUCGACCUAUCAGAAAGCUCCUUUAGCUGGGGCCGCCCACACCUCGACCUCCUCAAGGAGUUCUGUGAGAGUCGUUUUGGUUGGAACAGCAGGAAGACAGAAGAGACUCUACAUCCUGUUAUCAAACAGCUCAACACACAACAGACCCAGCUGCGUAUCGACUCGUUCUUCCGUCUGGAGCAGCAGGAGAGACAGGCCAUCAAGAGCCAGCGCCUCCGCCGGGCUGUCACCUGUAUAAAGAGGAAAGAGAGGGAGGACGGAGGGAGGGAGGAGAGGGAGGACGGAGGGAGGGAGGAGAGGGAGGACGGAGGGAGGGAAGAGAGGGAGGACGGAGGGAGGGAAGAGGAAGAAGAGGGGACUGGCUCUCCAUCCAAGGCUAAAAGAGGGAAGGGGUCAGAGCCAAAGCAGAGGAAGGGAGAGGUGGAGGGGACAGGGGGGUUCCUGGGGUAGAGGUCAGUAAGCCUGCUCAAGAGGAUGUGGGAAGAGCCAACCAUGAUGUGGGAGUGGCCAGCCAAGAAAGAGAGAAAGUAGGAGUGGUUAGUCAGAAUAUGGGAGGGGCCAACCUGGCUGUGGGAGGAGCCAGCCAGCAGAGGAAAGAAGUGCUUCCUCCUCCUAAUAAUGGAGUACCUCAACCUAAACUCCUCCCUAAUAGGACGGAGCAGAAUGACAGCAGCAGUUCCGGGGACGACAGUGACGGUGACAGCGGGGUCGCCAUGGUAACGGCCCAGUCAGUGUUUAGGGGCCAACCGAGAGGUGGGAGGGGGGGUAAGAGAGGUGGGAGGGGGGGAAAGAGAGGCGGGGGGGGGGGAAAGAGAGGCGGGAGGGGGGGAAAGAGAGGCGGGGGGAGAGGCAGAGGAAGGAAGACACUGUGAGAACUAUCAACUUUAAACUCUCGACCGUCUCUUGGUGAUGAUGUCAUCAGAGGGAUAUAUGUGACCAAUAAACAGGCGCCGAAAACACUGUGAUGCGUUUUCUGAAUGAUGUUUAGAAUGAUGAGGGAUGAUGUUUGAUCAUUUCAACGAGGCGUCUCUGGCUGUUUGUUGGUGUAUUUUCUAUGUUUGUGAUGAAUAUUUGGAAAAAUUUAAAUGUUUUUGUAUUACAAAGGCAGUCUUGUUAUUUGUUUACAUCGUUCUUUAACACCUAGAAGGCAGCAGGAAGGGAUGCCUCAGAGAGACAGCAUCGUUCUUUAACAGGAAGAGAACAGCAGGUAGGGAGUAGCAGGUAGAAUGCAGCAGGUAGGA